AUGGACUCUGCAUUCUCUCGCCCACGACCGGAGCAUUACUGCCCCUACAGCAUGGUCUCUGCUGGUCACUCUCUGAAGCGCAUGCACACGCAGUUUCACCCGGCGCGUCUACGCCACACGCUCCCUCUGCUCAUCUACCCGCGCCCCGCAGAGCCACGCCUCUAUGAUGCCCCCUUUCCUGGCGCCACCACCCCACUCAUGCCGUACCUCGGGCCAUUCCACGGGCGCUUCGGAGUGUACGAGUGCGCGCUCGAGCCUGCCUUCAUUCAGAAGCGUAACGAGAGGGAGCGGCAGCGCGUGAAAUGCGUAAACCAGGGCUAUGCUAAACUGCGCGAGCACCUACCUGGAUCCGCUGCCGCUAAGCGCAUGAGCAAAGUGGAGACGCUGCGCGCAGCUAUCCGCUACAUCAAGCAUCUGCAGCGGCUCGUGGAGGAGUGUGAGGCUGCGCCGGAGGAAGCAUCUAGAGAGGAAGAAGAAAGUCCUCGCGAGCUCUCCAUCACGUGCUCCCCUGUGCGCCGCUCUGAUCUGUCUCGAGACUCUUCUAGAAUCUAA